GCCGAGUGCGGCCCAGCGCGGUGCAUGCGCAGCGGCCCUGGGCGCAGCCGCUCACGGCCGCACCUGCGGGGAGGGGCCUCCAGAAACUGCCUUCCCGGGUGCCCGCCCGCCCCAGCUCCCCAGAGCCCGAGUGCACAACCAGCGAGGACGCACGCCCACCGCCCGCCGGCCGAGCCCAGCCUGAGCCGCCACCCAUCUCUGCACCAUGUUUAAGGGGCUGAGCAAAGGCGCCCAUGGGAAGGGGUCCCCCAAGGGCUCCCCAGCCAAGGGCUCCCCCAGUAAACACAGCAGGGCCGCCACCCAGGAACUGGCCCUGCUCAUCUCCCGCAUGCAAGCCAACGCCGACCAGGUGGAGAGGGACAUCCUGGAGACGCAGAAAAAGCUGCAGCAGGACCGGCUGAACGGCCAGCAGAACCGGACCCUGCAGCACCAGCAGGAGACGGGCCGCAGCCUGAAGGAGGCCGAGGUGCUGCUCAAGGACCUCUUCCUGGACGUGGACAAGGCCCGGCGGCUCAAGCACCCGCAGGCCGAGGAGAUCGAGAAGGACAUCAAGCAGCUGCACGAGCGGGUGACCCAGGAGUGUGCCGAGUACCGCGCCCUGUACGAGAAGAUGGUGCUGCCGCCCAGCGUGGGGCCCAGGGUGGACUGGGCACGCGUGCUGGAGCAGAAGCAGAAGCAGGUCUGCGACGGCCGGUACGGGCCAGGCAUGGCGGAGCUGGAGCAGCAGGUGGCCGAACACAACAUUCUGCAGCGGGAGAUCGAGGCCUACGGGCAGCAGCUGCGGAGCCUCGCGGGCCCGGACGCCGGCACCAUCCGGAGCCAAUACGGGGACCUCCUGAAGGCGGCCUCGUGGCGCGGGCAGAGCCUGGGCAGCCUGUACACGCACCUGCAGGGCUGCACGCGGCAGCUGGGCGCCCUGGCGCAGCAGCAGCGCCGCAUCCUGGAGCAGGACUGGAGCGACCUCAUGGCUGACCCGGCAGGCGUGCGGCGGGAGUACGAGCACUUCAAGCAGCACGAGCUGCUGGGCCAGGAGCAGAACGUGAACCAGCUGGAGGACGACGGAGAGCGCAUGGCAGCGCUCGGGCACCCGGCCGCGGGGCCCAUCCAGGCCCACCAGGAGGCCCUGAAGACCGUGUGGCGGAACUUCCUGAACCUGUGCAUCUCCCAGGAGAGCCACCUGCAGCACGUCGAGGACUACCGCCGGUUCCAGGAAGAGGCCGACUCGGUCAGCCAGACCCUGGAGAAGCUCAACUCCAACUUGGACACCAAGUACAGGCCAGCCCCUGGGGACCCCCUUGGCGCCCCCACAGAGCUGCUGCGACAGCUGGAGGCGGAGGAGAAGCAGCUGGCUGUGGCGGAGAGGACCAUUGGGGAGCUGCAGAAGAAGUGCCAGGAGGUGGCCCCCCUGCCACAGCGCAGGAGCCCGCCCCAGCAGACCCUGCACGUGGACAGCAUCUGUGACUGGGACUCAGGAGAAGUGCAGCUGCAACGCGGGGAACAGUACACGCUGAUGGACAACACUGACCCGCACACCUGGGUCGUGCGGGGCCCUGGUGGGGAGAUCAAGAGCGCGCCCGCCGCCUGCUUCUGCAUCCCAGCGCCGGACCCUGAAGCUGUGGCCAGGGCCUCCAGCCUGGCCUCGGAGCUGCAGACCCUGAAGCAGAAGUUGGCCGCGGUCCAGAAUGACUUGAAGUCCAGCGCUGAGGAGCCCCCACGGCCUGGCCAGCAGGCUCCAGGUGGCUCGGCCCCAGUUGACCCACAGGCCCAGAAGCUCCUGACACGGAUGACCCAGCUGGACACGGACCUGGGAGAGACGGAGAGGCAGGUGCUGGCCUGGGCCCGGGCCCCGCUGAGCCGCACUGCCCCGCUGGAGGACCUAGAGGGCCGCAUCCACAGUCACGAGGGCACGGCCCAGCGCCUGCAGGGCCUGGGAGCCGAGAAGGAGGCGGCCCAGCUGCAGUGCGAGGAGUUGCUGAGGGCCCAGCCCGUGGGCCCCGCCGCCCUGCAGCUGCCCGUGGCCCUCAACAGCGUCAAGAACAAGUACAGCGACGUGCAGGUGCUGUGCCACCUGUACGGGGACAAAGCCAAGGCUGCCCUGGGUCUGGAACGGCAGAUCCGGGACGCGAACAAGGUCAUCCAGGGCUUCGAGUUGGCUCUGGCGCAGGAGACCCCCCUCUCCGGGGACCCCGGGGCGCUGCAGGAGAGGGCUGUGGAGCUGCAGCGCCAGCGGAGGGCACUGCUGGAGCAGCAGGCCUGCGUGCUGGGCCUGCACCGGGAGCUCCAGGCCACGGAGCACGCGUGCAGCGCCCUGCAGAACAACUUCCAGGAGUUCUGCCAAGACCUGCCGCGCCAGCAGCGCCAGGUGCGGGUGCUCACCGACCGCUACCACGCCGUGGGGGACCAGCUGGACCUGCGGGAGAAGAUGGUGCAGGACACCGGCCUCACCUACCAGCGGUUCAAGAACUGCAGGGACAGCCUGCGCUCCUGGCUGGAGCACCUGCCCCAGACCCAGGUGCGACCGGACGACGGACCCAGCCAGAUCGCCUACAAGCUGCAAGCGCAGAAGAGGCUGGUGCAGGAGAUCCAGGGCCGGCAGCAGGACAGCGCCACGGUGUCCCGCCUCGCCCAGGACCUGCAGGCGGCUCUCCAGGACUAUCAGCUGCAGGCAGACACCUACCGCUGCUCCCUGGAGCCCUCCCUGGCAGCGUCGGCCCCCAAGAAGCCCCGAGUGGCCCCCCUGCAGGACAGCGUCCAGGCCCAGGAGAAGGACCUGGCCAAGGCCUACACCGAGGCUGCAGCCGCACAGCAGCAGCAGCUGCAGCAGCUGGAGUUUGCUAGAAAGAUGCUGGAGAAGAAGGAGCUCAGCGAGGCCAAGCAGGCGAGCCCGGCUCAGGCCGGGAGGGAGUCGGAGACGCUGAGGUCGCAGCUGCAGGAGGAAAGGCAGCGGGUGGCCCGGGUGCAGCGCGAGCUGGAGGAGCAGCGGGCGCAGCUGCUGCGGCUGCGGACCCAGCCGCCCGUGGAGAGGCUGGAGGAGAGGGAGGUGGUGGAGUUCUACCGGGACCCGCAGCUGGAGAGCAGCCUGGCCAGGGUGCAGGCCCAGGUGGAGGAGGAGGGCAGGAGGCGGGCCGGCCUGCAGGCAGAGCUGGAGGCCGCGGCGCAGACGCUCGCCCGGCUGCAGAGCGAGAGGAAGGCCAGGCAGCCCCAUCUGCUGACCAAGGAGGUCACCCGCGUCGAGCGGGACCCCAGCCUGGACAGGCCAGGCAGCCCAGCUGGGCGUCCGAGAUCCAGCAGGUGCAGGAGGAGAGCGGCGAUCGUGGGCGCCCGGCUGGCCGCGCUGAAGGAGGAGCUGCUGGCCCUGGAGCGGCGGGAGGCCGCCGUGAAGGAGACGGUGGUGGUGAAGGAAGUGGUCAAGGUGGAGAGGGACCCGGAAAUGGCGCAGGCAGCCGGGGCCCUGAGGCGGCAGGUCCAGGAGGAGGCCGCGCGCAGGAAGGGCGCCGAGGAGGCCGCGGCGGGGCUGCGGGCCCACAUCGCCGACCUGGAGCGGGCCAUCGGCGCGGUGGAGCCCAAGGUCAUCGUGAAGGAGGUGAAGACGGUGGAGCAGGACCCGGGGCUGCUCGAGGAGUCCUCCCGGCUCCGGAGCCUCCUGCAGGAGGAGAGGAGCAGGAACGCGGCGCUGGCCCGGGAGCUGCAGGAGCUGCGGGGCCGGCACAGCGUGGCCGCGGCGCAGAAGCCCCAGGUGCAGCUCCAGGAGCGCGUGCACGAGAUCCUCCGCGUGGACCCCGAGACCGAGCAGGAGAUCACGCGGCUCCGGGCCCAGCUGCAGGAGGCGGCGGGCCGGAGGAGCCGCGUGGAGGAGGAGGUGGGGCGGCUGCUGCCCGAGCUGGCCGUCCUGCGGGCCCAGAAGCCCGCGGUGGAGUUCCGGGAGGUGACCCAGGAGGUGGUGAGGCACGAGAAGAACCCCGAGGUGCUGCGCGAGGUCGACCGGCUCAAGGAGCAGCUCAACGAGCUGGUGAACGCCAACGGGCGCGCCCAGGAGCAGCUCAUCCGGCUGCAGGGCGAGCGCGACGCCUGGAGGCGUGAGCGGGCCAAGGUGGAGACCAAGACGGUGACCAAGGAGGUGGUGCGGCACGAGAAGGACCCGGUCCUGGAGAAGGAGGCCGGGCGGCUCCGCCAGGAGCUGCGGGAGGCGGCCCAGAAGCGCCGGGCCGCCGAGGACGCGCUCCACGAGCUGCAGAGCAAGUACCUGCUGCUGCAGAGGCGGCGGCCGGAGGAGAAGCUGGUGGUGCGGGAGGUGGUGGUGGCGCAGAGGGACCCGCGGCUGCACCAGGACCACAGCCGGCUGAGCCGCAGCCUGGACGAGGAGGCGGGCCGGCGGCGGCAGCUGGAGCGCGAGGUGCAGCAGCUGCGGGCCGCCGUGGAGGAGCAGGAAGGGAUGCUGAGCUUCGGGGAGGACCGCGGCAAGAAGCUGGCCGUGGAGCGGGAGCUGCGCAGGCUGACCCUGCGCGUCCAGGAGCUGGAGCAGCGGCCUCGCGCCGGGCCGGAGAGGAUCAUCACGGAGGAGCUGGUGAAGCUGGAGAAGGACCCGGAGGUGGAGAAGUCGGCCGAAGCCCUGCGCCGGGACCUGCAGCGCGAGCAGGCCCGGGCGGCCGAGCUGCGCCGGGAGUCGCAGGGCCUGCAGGUCCGCAUCGACGUCCUGCGGACGGCCAAGUCGCAGGAGAAGACCAUCUACAAGGAGGUGAUCAGGGUGGAGAAGGACCAGGCGCUGGAGGGCGAGCGGGCGCGCGCCUGGGAGGCGCUCAGCAGGGCGCGCUCGGCCCGCCAGGCCCGGGAGGAGGAGGCGCGGCGCCUGCGGGAGCGCAUCGACGGGGCCGAGGCGCUGGGGCGGUCCUGGUCGCGGGAGGAGGCCGAGCUGCAGGAGGCCCGGGAGCAGGCGAGCCAGGAGUGCGGGCGGCUGCGGCAGCAGCUGCGAGAGCUGGAGCAGCAGGCGCUGCGGCUGCAGGAGGAGGUGAAGACGGAGAGCGAGAAGGCGGAGAGCGAGCGGCAGCAGGCGGCCCAGCGGGGCCGGGAGCUCUCGGAGCUCGAGGCGGCCAUCCUGCGGCAGAAAGACCAGCUCCACGAGAAGGAGAGGACCCUCCGCGACCUGCAGGCCAGGGUGAGCCGCGAGGAGCUCAGCCAGGAGACCCAGACGCGCGAGACCAACCUCUCCACCAGGAUCUGCAUCUUGGAGCCGGAGACGGGCGCCGACAUGUCCCCGUACGAGGCCUACAAGAGGGGCGUCAUCGACCGCGGCCAGUACCUGCAGCUGCAGGAGCUCGAGUGUGACUGGGAGGAGGUCACCACCUCGGGCCCCUGCGGGGAGGAGUCUGUGCUGCGGGACCGCAAGAGCGGGAAGCAGUACUCCAUCGAGGCCGCCCUGCGCUGCCGGCGCAUCUCCAAGGAGGAGUUCCACCUGUACCGCGACGGCCGCCUCCCCAUCUCCGAGUUCGCCCUGCUCGUGGCCGGCGAGACCAAGCCCUGCUCCUCGCUCUCCAUCGGCUCCAUCAUCUCCAAGUCCCCGCUCGCCUCCCCCGGCUUCUCUUUCGGGCUCGCCGACGACAGCUUCCCCAUCGCCGGGGUCUACGACACCACCACGGACAACAAGUGCAGCAUCAAGACGGCCGUGGCCAAGAACAUGCUGGACCCCAUCACUGGGCAGAAGCUGCUGGAGGCCCAGGCGGCCACGGGGGGCAUCGUGGACCUGCUGAGCCGCGAGCGCUACUCUGUGCACAAGGCGGUGGAGAGGGGGCUGAUCGAGACCACGGCCACGCAGCGGCUGCUCAACGCCCAGAAGGCCUUCACGGGCAUCGAGGACCCCGUCUCCAAGAAGCGUCUGUCGGUGGGCGAGGCCGUGCAGAAAGGCUGGGUGCCCCAGGAGAGCGUGCUCCCCCACCUGCAGGUGCAGCACCUGACGGGGGGCCUCAUCGACCCCAAGAGGACGGGCCGCAUCCCCGUCCCGCAGGCCGUGCUCUGCGGGAUGAUCAGCGAGGAGCUGGCCCGGCUCCUGCAGGACGAGUCCAGCUACGAGAAAGAUCUGACCGACCCCAUCUCCAAGGAGCGGCUGAGCUACAAGGAGGCCAUGGGGCGCUGCUGCAGGGACCCCCUGAGCGGCCUGCUGCUGCUCCCCGCCGCGCUGGAGGGGUACCGCUGCUUCCGCGUGGCCUCCCCCAGCCUGCCGCGUGCCCUGCGCUGACCGGGGAGGACACAUGUACCCUGUCCCUGCAGCAGCCUGAUCCCAGGCAGGGCCCCCCCAGCCGUGCGCCUCUGUGGGUGGUGGUGGGCUCCCGCCCCUCGCCUCGGUGCCAGGUCCAUCCCCAGCCCAGGAAACCAGCAGCUCCGAUUUUCCCCUACCCAGUGCUUCCAAUAAACGAUUUCUCCCA